CUUCUUUAAUUUUAUUUUUCAAGAACGUGCUUUUGCUUUAUUUUAUUUUAUUCAUCGAAAAAGGGAUUUCCCAGAUUUUCUGUCUCUUUCUCGGGAAAAAAGAAGAAGAAAUUUUUAGAUUUGGGAUUUGCGAUCAUGGAGAUGGAGCACAUGACGGAGUUCCCUCAUAUGCAUAUGGAUCGGCGACCUAGAAAGCGUCCACGAUUGGGCUGGGAUGUAACUCAGUUGCCGCCGCAGGCUCAGGUAGGAAUGCUUUGUGCUCAAGUUGGGAAAGUGACGGGCUUAGCUUCUUCCACUGCAAGAGCACCUUCAGAUUAUGCUAGUACUAUUACUACUAGAUCGUCUGUAGUUCUAAAGGGAGUGGCUCAAAAUGGUUCUCCCCCAUGGCGACAUGAUGACAAAGAAGGACAUUAUAUGUUUGAGCUUGGAGAUAAUUUAACCUCUCGCUAUAAGAUACAAAGCAAAAUGGGUGAAGGUACCUUCGGUCAGGUUCUAGAAUGCUGGGACAGAGAGAAGAAAGAGAUGGUUGCCAUCAAAAUUGUUCGUGGAAUUAAGAAGUAUCGUGAAGCAGCCAUGAUUGAGAUUGAAAUGUUGGAACAGCUUAGAAAACAUGAUAAGGAUGGCAACCGUUGUGUGCAAAUAUGGAACUGGUUUGACUAUCGUAACCAUGUUUGUAUUGUGUUUGAGAAGCUUGGACCAAGCUUGUAUGAUUUUCUACGCAAAAACAAUUAUCGCUCAUUUCCCAUUGAUCUUGUCCGUGAGAUUGGCAGACAACUGUUGGAUUGUGUAGCAUUCAUGCAUGAUUUGCGUCUGAUACACACGGACUUGAAGCCAGAGAACAUUCUUCUAGUCUCCCCAGAGUAUGUCAAGGUUCCUGAUUACAAGGGUGCAUCACGAUCUCCAAAGGACAAGUCUUACUUUAGAAGAUUGCCAAAAACAAGUGCUAUUAAGGUAAUAGAUUUCGGUAGCACUACUUAUGAGCGCCAAGAUCAGACUUACAUUGUGUCAACACGACAUUACCGUGCUCCGGAGGUUAUUCUUGGACUCGGAUGGAGUUAUCCUUGUGAUGUAUGGAGUGUUGGUUGCAUUUUAGUUGAAUUAUGCACCGGUGAGGCACUGUUUCAAACACAUGAGAAUCUAGAGCACCUUGCCAUGAUGGAGCGAGUGUUGGGUUCACUACCUCAGCACAUGUUGAAGAGAGUAGACCAUCAUUCUGAGAAGUAUGUUAGAAGAGGGCGAUUAGAUUGGCCGGAUGGUGCAACCUCUAGGGAGAGUAUCAAAGCAGUGCUUAAGCUACCUCGUCUCCAGAACCUUGUAAUGCAGCAUGUGGACUAUUCGGCGGGGGACUUGAUUCAUUUGUUGCAAGGAUUGCUCAGGUACGACCCAAAGGAUAGGCUCACAGCUCGUGAAGCCCUAAGGCAUCCUUUCUUCAGUAGGGACCAAUUUAGGCGAUGAACUUUUUUGUAUUUGAAUGAUGUAAGGUAGACAAGGGGGUGGUUCAUAUCUGUAUAUUGUUUCUAACAUGAAAUGCCA